AUGUCGAAGGCCACUAAGAACACCGCCCCCUGGUGCGCGUCUGGCGUGGUUAACGCCAAGGACUGCUGCGAUCGCUGCAAGAGCCCCGGCACCACCCUGGACGGCAAGCCCUAUGAAUGCAAAUACUGGGUGCACAUCCCAUCGUCGCCCAGCGAGGGCAAGUGCAACGGCAAGGAUUGCGGCAAGUGCCUUCUCCUGCCGAACCUCGAUUCCCUCACGCCCACUAAGAGCGACAAGAAGGGCUGCGGCGGAAAGAAGGUGCGCAUCGGCAGGAACUGCCCCGUCGCCAAUGACGACCCGCACUUUGUGGGCGCGCACAGCACGCGGUUCGACUUCAACGGGCUGCCCGAGAAGAACUUCUGCCUGUACACGGACCGCGCGGUCCACGUGAACAUGGGCAUGCGCGGGUACCUCGACUCGCGCUCCACGCAGAGCGCCGCCCUCGUCGUCAACGGCUCCGCCGUGCGCACCUGGAUCCGCCAGCUCGCCGUCAUGUGGACUGACGCCGACAGUGACAAUACCGUCUCCGCUAAGCCCGCCGCCCACUCGCUGGUGCUGACGGCGCGCGACGGCAAGGAGCAGCUCCGCGGCGACUCCGGCUUCCUCGCGUCCGCCGAGAUCGACGGCACGCCCCUCCCCCGCCUUACCCCGGGUGAGACUCGCAGCCUCGCGGGCGGCAAGUUGUCGCUUGAGUUCGUUGGGGAGGAGAAGACCGGACCGUACGACGUGGAUCACUACUAUCUGCGCCUCGACGGGCUUCUGGAGUUGGACCUGAAGUUGCGCCCCGCGCACCCUCUGUUGCAGACACCUGCCGACGCCCAGGUGCAUAUUAAUGUGAUGUUCACUGACGCGAGCGCGAGCAGCAGCGUGCACGGCGUGAUGGGGCAGACGUACCGCGAUGGCAGGGAGGCGCGCACGGUGGAGUUCUCUCGGCUCGCCGCGAUGCUGCACCACCCCGUGUCCGCCGAUGGCGCGGAGGGCAAGGGCUUCCUGGACGGGCAGGUGAAGGACUAUGAGACCAGCGCCGUCACCUCCACUGACUGCCGCUUCUCCGCCUUCAACGGUCAGGAACUGCCCCUGUCUGCUUAA